GACGCUAUGGCCAAAUUAUUGGUAAAACUCCAGCGGUAUUUUCGGCGAAAACCCGUGCGUUUCUUCACGCUGCUGGCUCUCUACCUGGCGGCCGGCAGCUUGGUUUUCCUGCACUCGGGCUUUGCCGGGGAGCCCACGGUGACGGGGAGCCAGCGCGGCCCCGGGGCCGGCGAGGGGCCGGGGCUGCCCUACCUGGGGGUGAUGCAGCUGAGCCGUGGCUUCAAGGCGGUGGCGACGAUGCCGGAGGGGGGACGGCGGCACGGACCCUGGUUCAAAAGCACCUCCAAGGAACCGGCGGAGAGGGGCAAAGCUGGAGACUACGGCAGCACCCGGAGCCGGGCGCUCAGGGGCAGGAGCGGCCGUGAGAAGGAGGAGGACAGAGCAAGAUACAUCGGCUGCUACGUGGACAACACUCGCCGGCGAACGCUGCGCGGCGUGUCCUUCUUUGACUACAAGAAGAUGACAGUCUUCCGUUGCCAGGACAACUGUGCCGAACGGGGCUACCUCUAUGCCGGGUUGGAAUUUGGCGCUGAGUGCUACUGCGGGCACAAGGUCCAGGCGUCGAACGCCAGCGAGUCCGAGUGCAACAUGGAGUGCAAGGGGGAGAGGAGCAACACCUGCGGUGGGGUCAACCGCCUCUCCAUCUACCGCCUGGAGCUGGCCCAGGAGUCCGCCAGGAGAUACGGCAGCGCGAUAUUUCGAGGGUGCUUCCGCCGGCCGGACAACGUCUCCAUCGCCCUGCCCGUCAGCCAGCUCAUGCUGAACAUGUCGGUGGACAAGUGCGUGGACUUCUGCACCGAGAAGGAGUACCCGCUGUCAGCCCUGGCCGGGAUCGCCUGCCGCUGCGGCUUCCCCACCACGCUCUUCACCCUGCAUGAGCGCGAGGAUGAGCAGCUCUGCGCCCAGAAAUGCGCCGGUGAGGAGUUCGAGAGCUGUGGCACCGCUGAAUACCUCCUUGUCUACCAGACCCAAGUGCAAGACAACCGCUGCAUGGACAGGAGGUUUCUCCCCACCCGUGCCAAGCAGCUGGUGGCCCUGGCCAGCUUCCCCGGUGCCGGCAACACCUGGGCACGCCACUUGAUCGAGCUGGCCACCGGCUUCUACACCGGCAGCUACUACUUCGACGGGUCUCUCUACAACAAAGGGUUCAAGGGUGAGAGGGACCACUGGCGAAGCGGGAGGACGAUUUGCAUCAAAACCCACGAGAGCGGCCAGAAGGAGAUCGAAUCCUUCGAUUCGGCCAUCCUGCUCAUCCGAAACCCCUACAAGGCUCUGAUGGCGGAGUUCAACCGUAAAUACGGGGGGCACAUCGGCUUCGCGGCUCACGCCCACUGGAAGGGCAAAGAGUGGCCGGAGUUCGUGGCGAACUACGCGCCGUGGUGGGCGACCCACACCCUCGACUGGCUGCGCUACGGCAAGAAGGUGCUGGUGGUUCACUUCGAGGACCUGAAGCGGGACCUCUUCGUCCAGCUGCAGCGGAUGGUGGGGCUGCUGGGCAUCGCCGCCUGCGAGGACAGGCUGCUCUGCGUCGAGGGACAGAAGGACGGCAACUUCAAGCGAUCCGGCUUGAGAAAAUUGGAGUACGACCCUUACACCCCUGAGAUGAGGAAGAUGAUCAGCGGCUACAUCAAAACGGUGGACACGGCUCUGAAACUCCGAAAUCUGUCGGGGGUCCCGGAUGACUACUACCCGAGAUGA